AUGAAGCAGACCAAUUCCAUGAAAUUACCACAUAUUCCCGCAUCAAAACGUGGUCGACAAACAAAUCAAUUACAAUUUAUGUCGAAAAUACUAUUUAAAACAUUAUGGAGGCAUGAAUUUUCUUGGCCAUUUCAGAAACCCGUAAAUGCAGCCAAACUCAAUUUACCAGUAAGCGAUGCAGCAUAUUCUCCUUAUAAAUAAUGAGAUGAAAGUAGUAUAGUAUAUCAUGCAACAAAUAAGUUAACGCAAUUAUUUGUUCAAACAUCACACACAGUCUCUUGCAUUCAACGUAUAUCUACCCGUUAGAUAUUACACUGAGAAAUGAUCUGCAGAAGUUAUCAUCGCUUCAAUAUUUACAAAAAAUUAUUGUAGGAAGUUUUUGUUGAAUCAUAAAACAUU